CGUCUUCUUACUCCUUGCCGCGACCGAAAUCCCUAACUCCUCAAUUCACACUUCCUUCCUCCCCCCUCCGCACCGGCAUCGAUCAUUCCCUGCACCGCUGCACGCCGCCCUAAUCGGUUCGCCCUCACUAUAAAUCGCCGCAGAGAGCUUAAAUCCAGAUAAAACUCCUCACUUGCUCAGGCGCAAUCCACAGAGAAGUUCAAGAUGUUCUUCCACAUCAUACUGGAGAGGAACAUGCAACUCCAUCCCCGCCACUUCGGGCGGAACCUCAGGGACAAUCUCGUGGCAAAGCUCAUGAAAGAUGUCGAGGGCACUUGCAGUGGUCGGCACGGGUUUGUGGUGGCUAUAACGGGGAUCGAGAACAUUGGGAAAGGGCUGAUUCGAGAUGGGACGGGGUUCGUCACCUUUCCGGUGAAGUAUCAGUGUGUUGUCUUUAGACCAUUCAAGGGAGAGAUCUUAGAAGCAGUGGUGACAAUGGUGAACAAGAUGGGGUUCUUUGCUGAAGCUGGUCCUGUGCAGAUCUUUGUUUCGAACCAUCUAAUUCCCGAUGAUAUGGAGUUCCAAUCUGGUGACAUGCCAAACUAUACGACAUCGGAUGGCUCGGUGAAGAUUCAAAAGGAUAGCGAAGUGAGAUUGAAGAUCAUUGGGACUCGAGUUGAUGCCACAGAAAUCUUCUGUAUCGGCACCAUAAAAGAUGAUUUCUUGGGUGUGAUAAACGACCCUGCUACAGCGUAGACUGCUAAGAUGGUGCCAUCAGUAUCUGUUCUUAGAUUAUUGUGCUGAGUCCAUUUUGCUCGGAAUUCGCAUGAAUUGAAGGACCUGGACCUAUUCUAUGUACAGAAUCAUAAAGUCUAUGUUUUGAACCUGUAAUCCUGGGAUCUUGUUGAGCUGCAACCUUAUCUCUGUUGAUGCACUUUGAGAAGGAAGCUUAUGCUAAUUGCUAAAAGAGUUAUUUGUCAGAUA